GAGAUUCUCCAUUUUCCCCGUCUCUUCGGCGUCCUCAGUCGCAAAGAAGCAAACUUUUGUUCUCCGACACGAAGACUGCUUCAUUUCUCCCUCAAUAUCUCUCCCCCCAAUCCCUUCUUCGCUUUAAAUGCAUCGUCACCACUCUAAUACAGCUCCAUUCUGAUGAGAAGUUUCCGAUGGGAGCUCAGAAAAGCAUCCAUGCCGGAAAAGCGAAGAUAGAUUUCAAUGUGGACCUAACACACAAGCUAUGCGGAGCUCUCUUAGUUCCACCACUCAGGAAUCCUAGCGGUCCUUUUUCACAGAUUGUCGGCAGGGUUAGUAUUAAGCAUCCCGACAUUUUUGGAGGAAGUGAAAAAUUUGAUUUGUUGUGGGAUAAGGGCCUUCAAGACUCUAAUGUUGUCAUUGCCAUCAGACGGCCCAGGCCUGAAUGGUUGUCUCAGCAAUCAUUUAUUUUUCAGCACUCAAUCUCUCCAGAGAUUGCUGUACAUGGGAUGCCGGUCAAUAUAUUAUCUCAAAUGGGAAAUGGCGGAAUCAAUAUUUCUCGUUUUUCGGCUGGUGUCGAUCUUACGGAGCCUCCGAGUACCAAAUGGAGUACAAAAACCAAUAUUAGGUUUGAGCAUGUCAGUCUUAUUAAUGAUGAUGGCAGACCGAUAAAUCUGGAUCACGAUGGUUUUCCAAUAACAUGCAGUGGCACUUCCCAUGAUAACAUGGUUGUAUUGAAGCAGGAGUCACAAUAUGCUGUUGCCGAUGAUAAUAAAUUUUCUAGGUUGAAUUUUCAAAUAGAACAAGGCUUGCCCCUUCUAUCAAAGUGGUUAAUUUUCAACAGAUUUAAAUUUGUUGCUUCCAAAGGAGUUAGAGUAGGACCUGCUUUACUUGUCACAAGCCUGACGGGCGCUUCCAUUGUAGGGGAUAUGGCACCUCAUCAAGCGUUCUCCAUUGGAGGAUAUGGUAGUAUUAGAGGAUAUGGAGAAGGUGCAGUUGGCUCUGGAAGGUCAUGCCUGGUUAUGAACAGUGAAUUUACGGUUCCUUUGUCAAAAAGGUUAGAAGGGGCUUUAUUCAUGGACUGUGGAACUGACCUGGGAUCUGCUCAUCUUGUUCCAGGCUACCCUGCGAUUCGACAAGGAAAACCGGGGCAUGGAUUCGGGCUCGGUUACGGCCUUCGUUUAAACUCACAGCUCGGCCAAUUUCGAGUCGACUAUGCCGUCAAUGCCUCGCAAAGAAAGACGAUAUAUUUCGGCAUCAACAGUGUAACUUCUUGAGUUGAAAAAGCAAAUAUGAUCUCUCUAAAUGGUUGUUCAGUGGGGGAGCAUUAUGGUCAUUUGAAGCCAAGACUGGUAAUAUUACAUGUAAAUGUUCACAUUCAAAGUGUAUUUAUUUCUAUUGCAUCCAUGUAUUUAUGAUUCCUGAUUUAAUUUUGUUAAAAGGGAAUGUUUGGAUUAGGAGUGUAUUAUUGUCUUUCAAUUGUUAGAUGGUUUUUGAAAUAAUAUUUUGUGGUAUUAGAAAUGCAAU